AUGAGUGAAAAAUUGCAAUUGGAGCUUUCAAAAGCAUAUGCGCGUUUGGUCCAUUCGAAGUGUGAAGUGGGUUCUAUUGUGCCAAAUCCCUUUCUUUUGCGUUCGUCUUCGCUCGGGAAUCUCGUCGAAAGGGUUAAGCAGCUUGGUACCCUCGCCGUCUCCGCCGUCAUUGGGAACAUCUUCUCUGCGAUCUUUACCUUCUGCUUUGCAUUAGUGGGAACUUCGUUGGGGGCCUUGACUGGAGCUUUGAUAGGACAAGAAACUGAGAGUGGCUUCAUUCGAGGGGCUGCUGUUGGAGCCAUAUCAGGAACUGUAUUUUCCAUUGAAGUGUUUGAAUUGUCUCUUGUUCUUUGGCAAUUUGACGAAUCUGGAAUUGGCUGCAUGUUAUAUUUGGAGAGUUUACUUAGCUUUCAGGGCCUUGUUGAUGUAUAGAU